AUGCUCGUCAGCCCAUUGACAUUCUACGAUACACAGAUGAGAGGCGGCAUGAAUGAGAGAUUGGCUAUUCUUUCGUCGUUGAAUGGCAGGAAGAGAGCGCAGCUGAGUAGUUGCUGCGACGACAGCCUUUGCAUGACGCCUAGCAUGAGUUCAGUUUUGACUCAGAUAAAGAGACACAGCGCAUGUUCCGGUGCCAGUAUGGAAACGAGGCUGGAUGAGGACGUAAACCCUUUCCAGUUUGAUCACUGGCUGUCGCGUAUGAAGAGGGCGGACUCCGAGGAAAGUGAAACGACCACGAUGACCUCUUCCUCGAGUUCGGUCGAUUCACAUCCACUUCUUGGUGAUGACUGGCCCGCGGUGCGGGAGCCUGCUGUGCCGGUCAUGAAAGCGUUCAAUCUGGCCGAUUUGGAUUUCACCAGUCAGUACGAGGCAUCGGAUCUGGUUCAGCUAUUGCCUCCUGUUUAUGACAGACGACAGGAGCGAAAGAAAAGGCGGGAACGUAUGCAGGAACGUAUGCAGGAACAAAUGCAGGAGCAGAUGCAAGAUCAGGUAAUACCCAAAUACAAUAAACCUAUGAUCUACGAAUGCGAUAAGGUUGAGUUGGAGCAUUGGCCGCUGUCUAAGGAGCCGACAAGACAACCCGAACUAUCUUCUAACCUGGUUCUGGCAGAUAAACGAUCGAGGCAGCAGACUCUAAAUCCAAAUUUUUUGAAAUUGUACUCCAUAGAAAUGUCGAGUAAAGCCAAGAAACUUUUGCCUGACAUAAAUGUCGACGAUAGCAUUUUAAAUCAUUUGACCAUUGAGGAGAUUAAAGGUCUUGACAUACACUCCAACGACGAGCCGCUUUCCCCAAGUGAUAUAAAGUUGGCUCUCAUAACAAGAAAAAAAUUGUGGUCCAAUAUGACGCAUUUACAAAGACAGGAUCUCUACGGAGAGGCAUCACCUUGGAAUUUGAGAUUUGUCAUAAAAGAACAUCAACAUACAGAUGGGAAGGAAAGCUCUUUGGUACGAGUGAAAUCAGAUGUGAAACCAUGGGUGGGUGACAGCAGUCUUUUGAAAAACAACACAAUGCUCAAGCCAUGCGGUAAAAUCAAGCUUGGUUCGAAUCCAUCAGCAGCAGAAAUUCAAUACGUCGUAAAGGGUUGGUGUGACAGCAGAUUUAUCUCGUGA